AUGGCCGACAAGAACGACAUGCUGAAGGAGCUGGCUGAACUUGAAGCGACGGUCAAACGGAUGAGGGAGACGUACGAGCGUAUCGCCAGUGAACAGGAGACUCUGUCACACAAGGGCACAGUUCCAGUUUCAUACACCAAGUUCGUUGAUAAGUUCAAAAAACUCACCAAGAAAAACUCGGAGUUCGCCCAGGCAAGCUCGGAGUUCGCCAAGGCAGGCUCGGAGUACGUCAAGGACAUGAUCAACGCCACUCCAGCCAAGAAUGUUUCCAACGCUUCGAUCACGACUAUUCCGAACCCUCCAUUCACAUUUUUUCCCAAGCCGCCAUCCUCCAAACCAUCAUUUAGUUUCAUGGAAUACGAUGAGGACCUAGCGAAGAAGAAGGCAGAGAAGAAGAAGGCAGAGAAGAAGGAGGCAGAGAAGAGGAAGGCAGAGAAGGAACGCAAAUUUGACGAGGGGAUGGCCAUAUUUGCAGCAAAGAGACGGCGUACUGAGUAA